UGUCACGUGAACAAAAUUCGAAUGCCCUGAAUUUGCAUCUAUCUCCUCCUCCUCCUCCUCCUUCCUUUUUUACAGCGGCUCUCUCCCAAAACGGCAUUCUCCUUUUCUCGUCGCCGAUUCUAUAAAUUGACACGACAGAUUUGCGUCGAGGGAUUGGCAGUAACCAGUCAAAUAAGGUUCCAAGCGAGGUGUAUUCUUGUCUUGUCCACAUGGGUACUAAAAGUGUUGCAAGGAAAGGGCAGGAGAGAGAAAAAUUGAAGAAUGAUGAGAUCGAUUCAUCAGUUGCAAGUGUAGGGCAAGGUUUAUCUCUCAGUAAUGAAAAGAAAAAAACCAAAACCAAGAAGCAUGAGGCUAAGGGCAAUGAUAACAAAAUAUGUGCUGCUGAAGAGGUUGAUGCGAAUGUAAAUAACAAUGAGAUAGAGAAGGAUAAGAAGAAGGAGAAGAAGAAGAGGAAGUCAGAGAAGAGUGAUGCUGAUAUGGAAUCUCAUAAAGAUGGGAAGCAAGAUAAGGCAGUUGAUAAUGGUAGGGAAGUUAGUGCAAGUGAAGCAGGUUUGAAGGAGGACCAAACUGGGUUAGGGGUGAAUAUGGGCCUGCAAGAGUCAGGUGUAGGAAAAGAUAGAAAAAAAGAUCACAAGGAGAAAAAGAGCAGGGGUAAAACUGAUUCAUCUUUCUCUGUGAUCAAUAUCCUCGAGAAUGAGUUGAGGGUGAAUGAGGGACAAAAGGUUUCCGGCAGGGAAGAUGUUUCUAAGAAGAAUAGUGGGGAAAAUGGAGAUCAAAAAAAGAAAAAGAACAAGAAAAAAAAGAUGCGUGAAGAUGGGAGUGAUGCUCAAGUAGUAACAAGUGUAACAGACAGAAAAGACGUUGAAAGGGAAAAUUUUAACCAUGAUAAAAAUAUCGUGGUUGAUGUAGAGUCCUCAGGGAAAGAAAGGAAGAAAAAGGAGCAGCAGAGAGAUGUUGAUUUGGAGGCUACAUCAUUGAAACCCAUUUCUGAGACACCUGGUAGUAAAUGCAAUGCAAUAGAAGGAAUUGGAGGCAACAUAGAUUCAGCUGGACAUAAGAAAGGAGAAGGGAAGCUAGGAGUCAAUGCUCUUAACAGAGAUGAGAAGAAGAAGAAGAAGAAGAGUAAGAAGCGGAAGAGAGUACAGGGAACGGUCGAAGAUAUUGAUGCCACCAAUUCUAUAGAGAAGUCUACACCGAAAGGGACAUCUAAGAAAGUAAGUUUUUCUGAGGAGGUGGAGGUUUUCCCUUCAUCUGAUGGUCCAAGUGAUGAUGGGACUGUUCAGGAAGAGGAACUUGUGCGAGGGAAACGGUUCUCACGUAAGGAAGAUGAAAUGGUUAAAGAGGCUGUUUUGAAAUAUAUUAAAAAUCAUGAAUUAGGUGAAGAUGGCCUUGAAAUGAUUCUGCAUUGUAAAAAGUAUCCUGAAAUUAAGAGCUGCUGGAAGGAAAUAGGAACAGCCUUACCUUGGAGGCCUUAUGAGAGUGUCUAUUAUCGAGCUCAUAUCUUGUUUGAAAGAGCUGAGAAGCGUUCGUGGACUGAAGACGAGUAUGAAGUUGUGCGGAAGUUUCAUGAAAAAUAUGGGUCUGAUUGGAGAACUUUGGCUGAUGCACUUGGCAAACACAGGUUUCAUGUAAAGGAUGCAUGGCGUAGGAUAAAAGUAAUCAAUAGGAAGAAAGGAAAAUGGUCCCAGGAGGAGUACCAGACUUUAUUUGAGCUAGUGAAUGUGGAUCUGCGUAUGAAAGCUUUUGAGGAAAACAGGAAGUCCAAGCAUGGAAUGUUGCGAGAUAAUAUUUCUUGGACAGCAAUUAGUGAGAAGCUGGGGAGUAGAACUACUCCAAUGUGCUGCAUUAAAUGGUAUGAUCAAUUAACAUCACCUAUGGUAGCUGAAGGUAAAUGGCUUGAUGUGGAUGAUUAUCACCUCGUGAUGGCACUAUAUGAUUUGGAUGCUUGCUGUAUGGAAGAUGUGGACUGGGACAGUCUUUUGGAACAUAGGCCUGGUGAGGUAUGUCGAAAGAGAUGGAAUCAAAUGGUCAAACACCUUGGUGAGAAUGGGAAUAUGUCAUUUGCUGACCAGGUUCAAGCUCUGAUAGAGCGAUACUGCCCAGAUGUGCUUGAAGCAAGAGUGGCCUAUUACAGCAAACCUAUAGUUAAUUGAGGUCUUGGUGCAGUCACUUGGUCAGUUGGUUUAGAUUUUUGAUCUUCUGAAGCCUGAAGCUGCUGCAACCUACUUAUCUAUGCAGAAUUAGGAAUAUGUGGUUGUUACCAGGAAUAUGAUGUUUUUGUAGCCCUUUCUUUGUUUGGGCAAAAAGAAGAUUAUGAGAAUUUUGUUUCACUGAAUGAAAUUUAUUGCACAAGAAGAAAAUCUCUUUUAUGUUCGAAUUUUCGC